AUGUUAAUCGACGCUGCGUUGGGGGGGGUUAAGAUCUGGGCUAUCGAUCUAGAUGCUGGGACACUGAUAGAUGCUCUGGGAGCUGCCAUGAACAGCUGCCCUGAGGACGGCGGCUUUGACUGGACAUUUGGAUUUGGUCUGCCAGACAGGUGGAGAAUAUUCUUCCAUCCAAAUGAAAAGGGUCACGAGACAAUCAGCUCAUUUACACUCGAGACGAUAGUAUAUAUGCGCUCGAAGCAGUUGGGGCUGCUGAAGGACUUUUGUUCUGCUAAAUCUGUCUUCAGGUGUUGGCAAAAAGAAGGCCGCAAAGCAUAUGCAAGCGUAGACCGGCUGAAUGAGAACUAUAAAACGUUCUGCAAAGGUAUCAAGGCGCCUGGGAACACAAUCAACUGGAGCAAGUCCCAGAAAUUUCAUCCGGGGACACCGGGCGAGCACACAUUUGAGUUGAAGCUAUCAAACGAUACUAGAGAAUUUGUGAAAGAAGAUUGGUUGUCCUCAUUUGAUCGGAUAAUAAACGGGUGCGACAGCAACGAUAUUAAUAAUCCAAUGAACUGGAAAUUUGGUGGGAGGUGGGCGAAGGGGAGUUAUGUGCAUGAAAUUAACAUCAAACGAGAGAAUAGACCGUGGCCACUGACCAAGAAACCGCAUGGGCGAUGCGGGGGGUGGUUCAAGGUCCUUUAUUCGGAUUAUACGCUUCGGGGUGUCGGCUGGUCUACUCAUGAUUCAGGAGAGCAGACCAUUCUCCCAACUUCAAAGGCUUGCCUAGGGUUAGGAAUAACCAGGUUCAGGUUCAAAUACUAUGAUGAGCCGGACGAGGAUGGCAUGGAAUGGGGCUUGACUUUCCGUACUCCUAUAUUUGUUCGGGCAAGGUGCUUCGGCAACAAUAGGGUUGCAUUUGCAUCAGGCGGCUUCACCGGUGGGUGUGGUGUAGAGCUGUCAUCUCGGCUCUUCGUUGAGGGCUCUCUCUCUCUCUUCCCCGGUAGAUCAUAUCUAGUGGGUAUAACCGUGGAGACCUGUAUAUCAUCAUUCAGAAGUAGCCAGGUAAACGUCUCAAAUAUACGUCACAUCACUCCUAAUCCAACAAGGAAAAGCAACGACAGCGAAAAGAAAGAAAGAUCGAAAUCCAUGAACUUCAAUGACUUCAUCCUCCUGACGGGCAGCUUGUUUGACACGCCAUCAGCGCUGCCUCAGUGCUAUAUAGUCGAGUGUGCCUCCGGACGGCCUGCGUCCCGUACCCGGACACCCGUUUUUAAAACGCCAGUUUUGCCCGUUCCGCGACACACGGCAUCGCCAGAGCUGCGUCCCCUCAUGUCCAGCAUAUCAGCCGAGCAUCCAGUUCCUAGACUAUCGGGCGCGUUUCUCCCCGUUCCAUAA